AUGGCAGAAAGCAGGUACGGUAGAAAUCGGUUACAGUCUGGUUUCGUCGCUGCCAGAAGAAUUCAGCGCAGUGCUUCCCAUCCUGGAACUCCUGAAGAUAGUGAGGACGACUCUAGCCCACUCGAUGCCUCCCAUCCCGGUGUACACGAUUUAGACACUACAGACGACGACGGCGGCAUGAUUCUGAAUGUCGAUGGUAGUGGGGAAGAGCCAAUUGUUAUUUCAGACGACGAGACAGAAGAUGGAGAGAGCGACGAAGGUCAACGACACGCUCGAUCUGUAAAUAUUGACAAUACAUCGGAAGAGGAGGAAUCAAACACCGCCCACAAGCCUGCCCAGUCCGAGGAGAAGGAAGAUGAACCCUCCUUCGUUAUUGAUCUUACUCCUGGUAUGCCUCAGAUUUGUCUCAAGGAUCUCAAUCCUGAUCAGCUACAAGACCAAAUCAAGUACGCAUUUUGGCAUCUCCAGAGGGACGAGAUCGACUUGAGCAGACCCCUGAGGGGCACAUUGACGAAAGUUGUCCGGAAAAGACCUGCUCUCAUUGUGGCGUGUUUGCUGAGCACAUGUCUGUCCUCUGUCCCAUUAUCAAACGAUGUUCUACAUGCAGAGAACGUGGUCAUGAUCACUGCAACGGCAUGA